UACAAACCAUGCCCACAACCAUCCUCCUCCCACGCCAGAACCCCGCCCCACACCUCACUCCCCUCCCCGUCCUCCUCGAGGCUCAGCGCAUAGCCCGCAGCCGCGGCCAGAUACUCGACAUCCAGGCCCUCAUGUCCCCCGCCCAACGCGAAGACUACAGGGCAAGCAUAGGCCUGCCGGGGAAGGACAGAGACGAGGACGAGGAAGACGAAAAAGAAGAGGAAAUAGAAAAGGAAAAGAAAGCGGAGAAUGGGAAGGAGGCAGAGCACGUGGUUGGGCAUGAGGCAAUGGCCACAGACACGCCGGCACCGACAGAUCCAGCGUCGGCCACAGCAUCCCCUGCCCCGGCGGCACGCAAACCAUUCAAGGUGCCGGAUCUCUCGCAUCUCCAUUGGAAGCAACGGCAGAAACGGCUGGCGCACAUUGCACGCGAGCAAGAGCUGCUGGCCAGGGGGCAGAUCACCGAGAUGAGCAUCUUUACAGAGGACGGCGUGCCCCAGCCGAAAACACGAACCAAGGAGAAGCUCUUGACAAAUACAGAGAAGGAGGCUAUACGGGAUAGUGCGAGCUACUGGAAUAAUCUCUUGAUGCAAGCUCGGCGGCAGCGCAUUCCACAAUGGGACUAUUCCACCCAACAGCAGCAUUUCGAACGGCACUCUCAAGACUACUAUACACAUGGCCUCAGCCCCCCUCCUACACCUCUUCACAAAAAGCGCAAACUCUCUUCCACAGACGCCGAACGCGCUCUACCCAACGGUACGAGCAUCGAACGCAGUCUAUCAAACGAGGGGGGCGCUUCCAACGCUCCCGGGUCUGCAUCAAACCACAUGCAGGGUUCUGGCAGUCACCCAUCCGCUACUCCCACCUCCUCCUAUACCCCCCUACAGCGUGGUACCACUCCAGGGUCUCAUCCCGGCCAGCCCAGCUCGGCGAGAUCCAACUCGCUAUCCUUGCCUCCCGGUUUCAGCGGACACACUGCGCCUCCGGGAGGCAUCAACCCGUCUCUGAUGGCGGGCAUGAAUCCGUCGCAGAUAGGUGCGAGACCAGAUGGCUAUCCGCAGGGAGUGAAUGGUCUCGCGAUGCGGGGAAUGGACUCUCUCGGUCCACAUACCGGCGGUGCCCCGCAUACUUCCCCCAACCCGCCUGCCAUUCCAGGAUCUGCCCAAGGCAUACCCUCUUUCCUUGGCCUGAACAACAUGGGGGCUAUGCAGGGGAUGCAAGCCGCUCAAGCGCUACAAGCACAAGGACGGUUACCGCCGAGUAUGUCGGGGAUGCCGGGGCUGAGUGGGAUGGUGGGGCAGGGGGGUGGUGGACAAGGAGCGCAGGGGCCCAUGUUGAGCGGGGGAUGGAGAAGAGAUUGA